GUUGAAGAGGGAGGAAGGAGCUCGAGGCCGCGGGGAUGGAGGCGAGCCAUUGGCCCUGGCAACGGUCCCCAUGGCAACAGCGUGGCCCCGCCUCCCCGGUUUAGGUUCAGGCAGUGCUGAGGUGGAGCCGGCUUGGCCUCAUGAGGUGUCACAAUGAAGGUGAAGUUGAAAAAUGUUUUUGUCGUCUACUUCUUGGUGUCACUGUCCGGCCUGAUGUAUGCCCUGCUGCAGCUGGGACAGCCUUGCGACUGCACCCAGCACAUGAAGUCAGCCAGCGACCUGAUCCGUGCCAAGGAGAAGAAGCUCUCGCAAAUGCAGAAUGAGCUCAAGCGGCUGCAAGGGCGAGAGAAAGCACCAGAGCCGGCCGAGCCGGCCAUGCCUUUUAUCUAUGUGGUUACCCCGACGUACGCAAGGCUGGUACAAAAGGCCGAGCUCGUGCGCCUCUCGCAGACGCUGAUGCACGUCAAGAACCUGCACUGGAUCGUGGUGGAGGACGCUCCCGCCAAGACCCCGCUGGUCUCGGAGCUGCUGUCCCAGAGUGGCCUGCGCUUCACCCACCUCCACGUGGAGACCCCCAAAGACCUCAAGCUGAAGGAGGGGGACCCCAACUGGCUGAAGCCCCGCGGCGUGGAGCAGCGCAACCUGGCCCUGCAGUGGCUCCGGAAGAACCGCGAGCUCCACGACAAAGGGACCGUGUACUUCGCGGACGACGACAACACCUACAGCCUCCGACUCUUCGACGAGAUCCGUGCCACCAAACGCGUCUCCGUCUGGCCGGUGGGCCUGGUGGGCGGACUCCGCUUUGAGCACCCGCUGGUGGAGAACGGCCACGUCGUGGGCUUCUACACAGCGUGGAAGCCGAACCGGCCCUUCCCAGUGGACAUGGCCGGCUUCGCGGUGGCCCUUCAGCUGCUCCUGGCCAACCCGGAGGCGCGCUUUGAUCUGCUGGCCGAGCGUGGCUACCUGGAGAGCAGCCUGCUGCAGUCGCUGGUGUCCAUCGAGGAGCUGGAGCCCAAAGCCGACAACUGCACCAAGGUCCUGGUCUGGCACACGCGGACGGAGAAGCCCAAGAUGAAGCAAGAGGAGCUCUUGCAGAAGCAGGGCCUCGGUUCCGAUCCCGGCAUCGAAGUUUAGCACGUUCACACUUCCGGCGAAGGAUAAUGCGGCCUCUCCGGAGUGCAGUCGUCUACAGAUCUUCCUAUGGUGCACGGAAACCUUUUCUAUUUAUUUAUUGAGCCCUGUAUGGGAGACACACGUCCGUCGAGAAGAGAAGACUUUCCAUAAGUGCUGCUAAUAUUCCCCUUUUGCUGGCGAAGGCCCUCCUCUGUGCCAUUUUUCCACCGUGUGUCCUUUUAAAUAUAUUUUUCAAGUGCUGCCAUCUUCGAACUUUGUUGACGUCGGAACACUUUUAUUUCCCAGACCCGGCUGUGUUUCACUUCCAAGACGAAUAUCCGUUUGUUAUGGUUUGACAUACGCUCUUGAACGCUGCCUCUCAAAAUGCAGGGCUUCGAGGGUGGAGAGAAAAGAAACUAUAGUGCAACUUAUAUUCAUGGCUGGAUGGCCAUCUGUCGGGAGAGAUCAGAUGGUGUCUUCCUUCCUGGGCUGGACUGGACGGACGUGGAAUGGCUCUCUUCCAAUGCUAGGAUCCUGUGAUAGAUAUAAUAUAGAGCAUAGUGCAUCUUAUCCUAUCCGUAGCUAGAUGGCCAUCUGUCGGGAGGGAUCAGGUGGUGUCUUCCGUCCCGGAGUGGACUGGAUGGACCUGGAAUGGCUCUCUUCCAACACUAGGAUCCUAUGAUAGAUAUAAUAUAGAGCAUAGUGCAUCUUAUCCUAUCCAUGGCUGGAUGGCCAUCUGUCGGGAGGGAUCAGAUGGUGUCUUCCUUCCCGGGCUGGACUGGAUGGACCUGGAAUGGCUCUCUUCCAACGCUAGGAUCCUAUGAUAGAUAUAAUAUAGAGCAUAGUGCAUCUUCUCCUGUCCAUGGCUGGAUGGCCAUCUGUCGGGAGGGAUCGGGUGGUGUCUUCCUUCCUGGGCCAGACCUGGAAUGGCUCUCUUCCAACGCUAGGAUCCUAUGAUAGAUAUAAUAUAGAGCAUAGUGUAUCUUAUCCUAUCCGUAACUGGAUGGCCAUCUGUUGGGAGGGAUCAGGUGGUGUCUUCCUUCCUGGGCUGGACUGGAUGGACCUGGAAUGGCUUUCUUCCAACACUAGGAUCCUAUGAUAGAUAUAAUACAGAGCAUAGUGUAUCUUAUCCUAUCCGUAGUUGGAUGGCCAUCUGUCGGGAGGGAUCAGAUGGUGUCUUCCUUCCCGGGCUGGAUUGAAUGGACCUGGAAUGGCUCUCUUCCAAUGCUAGCAUCCUAUGAUAGAUAUAAUAUAGAGCAUAGUGCAUCUUAUCCUGUCCAUGGCUGGAUGGCCAUCUGUCUGGAGGGAUCAGGUGGUGUCUUCUUUGCCAGAUUCCAAAACAUUGGAUUUCUUUGUCAUUCGGAACCGAUUUCGGAGAGGAGCUGGUUCCUCUCCUCCUGAACUGCGAGAGCAUGUUUUGUGUUGGUUGCCCCGUGCCCCAGCUGCAUGUUACACGCAUGCAAAUUGGUCAAUAAACAUACGUGUUCCCGCUA